AUGCCUCCUCGGGUGAUCUCCACCAUGCUGUCGCCUGUCUCCGCCAGAUUUUGCAGCAUGUCUCUAUGCAACGGCUAUUCUGCCCGGUGUGCUUCUGCCUUGGCGGCCCGACUUGUUAAACGGUGGUCUGGUCUAUCUAUGGCCCUUAACAAUAGCGGGCCAACAAGAAAUAAUCUUGACCGGGCUCGGUUCAUCUUCCCUCAACAGUUCCCUUGCAUGGACUUUGCCUAUGCGAUAGCAAAACAAAUGUCGAUCCAAGUCAUGUCUCACGAAAGAAUAAUCCAUGUAAUUGAUUGGGGUUGCAAUGAUCUGAAGAAGUGGGUUCUAUCUAUACAGAGCUUAAGGCGUGUCUUCGAUGGGACGCCUCAUUUAAAAAUCACUUAUAUCAAAUGGCAGUGGAAGAAAUGUUUGGGGGACGAGAUUGACAAUAUUGUGGCAGGUGAAGGGCUAGAGAGGCACGAAAGGUAUUCCAAAUGGAUGGUGAGGUUUGGAAAGGCCGGGUUCAGGCCCGUACACUUAUGGUCUGAAACAAUGGAUGAGGCCCAACUAGUCUUCGAGGCCCAUGGGCUAAAGGGUUACAAGAUAAUUAACUAG